CCUGAGUCCUCCUCUGUUGCUUCUCUCUGCCCUUUCGAUUUUCAUCUCACUAUCUCAGACCCGCUUUAAAUCUUUCUUUCUCCAGAAGCUUUGUAUGUGUAAAAGAGAUCACUGCGCAGAAACAGACAGUUUUGUCAAAUUGGAGCAGAGAAGAGAGGAGGUCGAAAGAGUGAAAGCGCAACGAUAAUGGGCGUUGGCGUUUCUUCGGAGAAGAAAACAGCGGCGUCUCAUGAGCCAGAGUUUACUGAUUUGGUGUUCUCGUGGUCUGUUGACGACAUCCGCAAUGAGGAUCUUUACAGGAAUCAGGUGGAGAAGAUUCCAGAAUCGUUUCAAUCGGUGGGGGUCUACCUUGGUUCUUUUGUUUAUCCUUUGCUAGAGGAAACUCGAGCAGAAUUAGCCUCAAGCAUGGACAUUAUCUAUGGAGCACCUUUUGCUAAAGUGAACUCCCUUGUUGAGUCGAAGCCCUAUGCAACACAUGCAACAUUGCAUUAUGCUGUUGUUGUUGAUUAUUGGAGAAACAAAUUUAGUGACUGCUGCGAAGAACCCUACAGAACCUUGCCUGGAGAUGUGUGUAUCAUUUCCAAUGUAAAACUAGAAACUGUAUCUGAUCUGCAACAGGACGGAAGGACCUGGACUUUUGCAUUGGUCAGUAAAAUCACUGAAGACGAGAUUGAAGGUGAUAGUUCGUCGUCCACUAUUUUCACAGUCAAGGCAUCGAGGGAUAUAGAAAUCAAGGAUGGAAUGAGGCAAUCACUCUUUGUGACUUUCUUGAUGAACAUAACAACAAAGCAAAGAAUAUGGAACUCUCUAAGGAUGUCCAGGAAUCUGAAGAUAAUCAAGGAAGUCCUAUGCACUGAUUCUCUGGUACGUAUCGUGACUUAAUUUCACAUUUGUUGGAUGCUAUGCCAUUUAAUCUUCUCCAUUUGAGCAUCUCUUGAU